AUGGCUCGCAUGUGUCAAAAUAUUAAACGGUCGAGAGCGGCAGUUAAUGAAGAGACUAUAAAUGAAUACUUUGACCAUCUUGCUACAGAACUAAAAGAUAUUCCGGCAACUAAUAUCAUCAACUACGAUAAAACCAUCUUAUGCGACGACCCGAGCCGGAAAGUGGUUAUAGCUCGGCGGGGCUGUAAGUAUCCCGAAAGAGUUAUGAACUCUACAAAGGCUUCAGUGUCGGUUAUGUUUGCCGCUGCUGGUGACGGAACCAUAUUAUCGCCUUAUGUAGUAUACAAAGCUCAGCACAUGUAUGACAGCUGGAGAGUUGGGGGACCACCAAACUCGAGAUUCAGCAGAACGAAGUCAGGGUGGUUUGAUUCGUAUUGCUUUCAAGACUGGGUCGAGACCAUUGCAAUACCACAUUUAUCAAAACUCAAAGGAGUGAAGGUCUUGUUAGGUGACAACUUGGUUUCACACCUAUCUGUAGAUAUCAUUAAAACAUGUCAAGAACAUAACAUGAAAUUCGUAUUUUUACCAAGCAACUCCACUCACCUUACACAACCACUGGACAUGGCAUUCUUCCAUCCCCUUAAACAGACUUGA